AUAAAUCAAAUGUGGUCUGCCGUCUUCCCCAGCUUUGGUUCUUCCCUUGCGUCCGAUGCUGUCGUGGUAGGCUCUGUCCACCAACCAAGACACUAAAUUGUAUUAAAAGGUUUUGAGAACGUAGCAGGUCAAUAUGUAUGUUUGAUAUCAAUAUGACUUAUGUGUAACCUUUAGUUUGACUACAUUUUAAUAAAAAUUAUUUUAACACGUUUAGUCAUAUGACCGUAUAAAAGUUGAUAUCAGUCAUUGUAAGGUUUGUGCGUCAGGCAGAAGUUUAAUUAUUUACCCUCCCCUGCGUGCAUUAAGAAGCUUUUACUAUGCUUGAGAAGCAAUAAUAUUCAAGUGUGUUCACUGCCCUGAUGUUUAUCAUUUUAGAAUUUUCACACACCGGUUCAGUGUCUUAGUUCUGUUCACAUCGCAAGUCACAUGUGGAGACUCAACUGGUAGCCUUGUCCUUUACAUGAAAUUGAUUCGGCCACUAGGCUACUCUUUCUGCUUCAUACUGGAUGAGGAGGUCCAUAACUUUGAAUCAUCAAAAGUUCUCAAUUUUUCAGAAUGUCAGAGGCGGCAGGUGGCUUUAGUGAGGGAGAUGCUUCUCCCCAGCCGUUAAGUCUGGGUGUGAUCGGCACUCGUCUAGCACAGCGGUACCAGGGCUUUUUGGAUAAAUCCACCCCUCACAUUUUGAUUAGGUGGGGGAUUACUGUCUUGUUAUCAAUACUUUUCCUGCUACGAAUAUUUCUUCUACAGGGAUGGUAUAUAGUAACAUAUGCUCUAGGAAUCUAUCACCUCAAUCUUCUUGUGGCCUUCCUGUCUCCCAAAAUUGAACCAUCAUUGAUGGAGGAUUCUGGUGAUGAGAUGACCUUGCCAACUCGACAUAAUGAGGAAUUUCGACCCUUCAUCCGUCGUCUACCAGAGUUCAAAUUCUGGUACUCUGCAACAAAAGCCACCCUGGUUGCCAUGGUGAUGACUUUUUUUGACAUGUUCAACAUUCCAGUGUUCUGGCCAAUCCUAGUGUUGUACUUCAUUAUGCUUUCGUGCAUGACCAUGAAAAGACAGAUUCGGCACAUGAUCAAGUUCCGGUAUGUGCCGUUCACUCAUGGCAAGACUCGCUACCGUGGCAAGGAUGAUACUGGCAAAGUCUUUGUCAGCUGAAUCGCUGGACACCUGACAACAAAUUGUUGUUGAUUCAUGUUUAAUCCUAAAAAGUACCGUUAAAAAGACGAUGUAAAUAAUAUGUGAGUUGUCUUUGUAUAAAUUAAGUACAUUUCCUCUGUUUAAUGUCACGGUGUUAAAGCCCACUGAUGUAAACAUUGGUUAAUAAAUCAGGCAAACCUGGGGUGCUAAAAACAUUUAAACAACUGUAAUUAACCAUUGAGUGGAUGUAAAUAUUUCAAAUAAAGGAAUGAAUUAAAAA